GACCAAGAGGCCUUACAGAUACAUUUGUGCUUUCGUCAUUCAGUCUGCUUCCGCAGCCCAUAGUGAGAUCUGGAAGCACACUUGUUUCCGCAGUGACUGAUAUCUACCUCAGCCAGCUGACAGGAGAGACCAAGUGCUCCAGAAGUUUAGAACGGACUGAGCCAUCGUCCCAUGCCCUGCUCUGAAGAGGCGUAAAGACAGACUGGAUCUGUCUACCAUUUGGCUCCACAGUAACACUACCAACGGGCGCAUGAGAAGACCUCCUGUCUAUCUAGUUCCAGCAUAUACUUUCCACAAUUUCAUGAUUUCUUCCAUUGAUUAAAAUGAACUACUGCUCUUAGAGCAAGUGAUUAUAUUUCAUAUACUUAAGAUGUAAAUAUUCUACUCUAUGAAGGAGCCCUCACCCCUCUUCUGAAGAAGUAGUAAUGCACUUUAAAAGUUGUGGCUGUACUGUCACCUUUUACCAUUCAAUAAGGAGGGGUCAUCCUUGGCUCCAUUACUAUGAUUCUUCUGUUGGAGACUUUGCUGGUUUUUAAACUGGGCCCGAAGCAUCUGCAGCAGUGCUGCAGGUGAGCAUUUUGACUGACUCCUCUCACACACUUCUGAGAUGUGCCUCUGGCAGGUGGAGUCCCCUAGAUUUGUUUUUACAAAACUUGAACAGGUUCAGGACAAUUUGAUUGAGUUUUUGUGAAGGAUAGAAUUAUUUGCAUCAAAGACUAAAAACAGGAGCUUCCGGUGCUGGUGCACCACUUAUGUAUUGUUGUAGUGCGCAGGAAAAUAAAAUGGACUACAAGCGUCGCUUUUUGCUCGGCGGGUCCAAGCAGAAAGUGCAGCAGCACCAGCAGUACCAGAUGCCUGAACUGAGCCGAACCCUGAGCGCCUCCCUCGCCUCCACAUGCUCGGCUUCUUCAAUGGGAACAGGGGCGGUGAGUGGCAGCGUACACCCGCCUGCUUCUGGUGCCACUACUGCUGUUGCUGAUAUUCAACAAGGCAUCUCCAAAUACUUGGAUGCUCUUAACGUGUUCUGCCGGGCCAGCGCCUUUCUCACAGACCUGUUUAGCAGUGUGUUCAGGAACUCUCAUUAUUCCAAAGCAGCUAUGCAACUGAAGGACGUGCAGGAACACGUCAUGGAGGCGGCCAGCAGGCUGACUGCUGCAAUAAAACCAGAGAUCGCCAAAAUGCUUAUGGAGCUGAGCGCUGGGGCUGCCAAUUUCAAAGACCAGAAUGACUUCAGCUUGCAGGAUGUUGAGGUGUUGGGGAGGUGCUUCCUCACGGUGAUGCAGGUCCAUUUCCAGUUCCUGUCCCAGGCAUUGCAGAAGGUGCAGCCUGUGACCCAGUCAUGUUUGGCAGAAGCUCUGGCUCAGGCCCAAGAGCGUUGUGCCAAUAUCCGCUCCCAAAGCUCUGAGCAUGCACCCCUUACAGAGCUAGAUGAAGCCUCUCGCUCAUGGAGAGGAGCAACUGAGGCAACAGCAAGGCUAAGAGAAAGAGGCCGAGAUGGCUGUCUGGCAGGCAUCCAGGUUCAGCAACUCUUCUGCUCAAACACCACCACUAUUCCUGAGCAUCAGCUGAAGGAGCUCAACAUGAAGAUUGAUAAUGCUUUACAGGCAUACAAAGCAGCACUAGAAAGCCUGGGGCAUAGUGAGUAUGCUUUGAAGGCCGGCUUUCACCUCAGCCCCAAGUCCAUAGAGACUGCCUUACAGGGCUGUUGCAGUGAUGCAGAAGCCCAGCAGGCUGGCAGGAUGCAGACCACCUCUCAGCCAAUCCAGUGUGAGCUCCCAACAAUCCCGGUGCAAAUCGGCUCGCAUUUUCUCAAAGGAGUUUCUUUUAAUGAGUCAGCAGCAGAAAACCUUAAACUUAAAAUGCACACAAUGCUGCAGCUCCUAAAGGAUGUGUUGGGCCAAAAUGGAGUUACCCCGAAUGAGUCUCCUGUCACAGAAGUUCUUAACCAGGUCUGCCCUUCCAGCUGGAGAGGAGCAUGUAAGACGGCUGUCCAGCUGCUCUUUGCCCAGGCUGGUCUGGUGGUUGUUGACACAGCCCAGAUAGAAAAUAAAGAAUCCUAUGCCCCCCAGAUUACAUUGGAGGGAUCGAAGGUGUUUGUGCAAGUUCCCUCUACAUGGUGCCUAAAGGAGGACCCAGCUACAAUGUCCUUGCUUCAGAGGAGUCUGGAUCCAGAGAAAACCCUUGGGCUUGUAGAUGUUCUGUACACUGCAGUGUUUGAUAUCAACAGGUGGAAGGAGAGAAAAGAGCAGGCCCUGCCUACUAUCCAGAUUCAGUUACAGCGGGAGAGUCCAGAUUUCAGCAACCAGACAGAACUGCCCCCGGGUACCAGCUCAAAGACCUCCAGUGGAUUGCCGAAAACUAUAUCCAAGCUGACAUCUAAAUUCACCAAAAAGGUCUCUUCUAGCUCUAAUAGCGGAGGGAGUUAUUCUAUUCCUAGCACCCCAUCUCGCAGCAUGCUAACAAACAAUGCUUCUGAAGAAAAGAAGAAUCUGACCAACAGUGAUGGCAGGCUACAGAGUAUCCUACCAAUGGGGAGCCUGCCCUGUGGCCCCGCCUCCACACAAAACCAGCUAGCCAAUGGAUCUGCGGCUGACGACCAGGGAAUGAAUCUGCCCACUGACCAAGAGAUGCAGGAUGUCAUUGACUUUCUCUCAGGAUUUAAUAUGGGCAAAUCCCAGCAGGCCUCACCCUUAGUGAAAAGGAGAAAUUCUGUGGCCUCUGCCAAUCCAGCUGAGCUUAAGCCCCCCAGCGGAGCCCCUCCAACAUCUCACUCCAUCUCCCAUAGCAGUCUCCAACCUCUCCAACCCACCCAGAGCCUGUCCCAGUCACAGCCACAGGGCGGCCCUCCAGCCCCUAUUCAGAAGCAGCAGCCCCAGCCCCAGGCCCAAGCACAGCCAGUCCCUUGUCAAACACAGCAGCAGGUGCCUCAGCAGCAGCAGCAGGGCCCCAGCCCUCAGCAGCCCUCUCCCCAGGCACUGCCAUACUACCAGCACCUCCUGCAGCCUAUCAGUCAGCAGCAGCCUGCUUCUCCACAUCCUCCACAGCCCACUCCACCUCAGGUCCUGCCCCAACAGAGAGUGGCUAGCAAGUGGCUGGGCCCAUCUGGACAGCAGCCUACUGCACAGGGGCCCCCAGGCGGACUCUCACCUUUGGGACCCAUUGGGCAGUGGGGCUCCCAUGGACUGCCAGACCUCAGCUCAGACCUGUAUAGUUUAGGACUGGUCAGUACAUAUAUGGACAGUGUGAUGAAUGAGAUGCUGGGCCAAAAGCCUCAAGGGCCCCGUAACAAUACUUGGCCCAACAGGGACCAAGGUGAUGGCUCUUUUGGUGUCUUGGGAGACACUCUGCCCUUUGAUCCGGCAGUUGGCUCUGACCCUGAGUUUGCACGUUAUGUGGCUGGUGUCAGUCAGGCCAUGCAGCAGAAAAGGCAAGUGCAGCACAUUCGUCGCCCCAGCAACAGUCGCGGUAAUUGGCCAAUGCCUGAAGAGCAGCAACACAGAACCUGGUCUCACCCGGAGUACUACAAUGAGAGCGACACUGUAAAUAGCAGUUGGUCAACCAAUCAAGGGGAUUCCGCAAGCUCCAGUGAUGAAACCUCCUCAGCCAAUGGGGACAGUCUGUUCUCAAUGUUUUCUGGCCCUGAUCUUGUGGCUGCAGUUAAGCAGAGAAGAAAACACAGCUGUGGAGAGCCGGAAGUAUGCACGCUGCCCUCACCACCACUUCACCACAUUGGGGAUGAUAAUCAGGACAGCAAAACUAAAACCUGGCCUCCAAAAGCACCCUGGCAACACUCCAACACUCAUACUAACACCAUGCCCAAUCCCAGCUCUUCCUUGUACCAGAUGAAUAUCCCACCAUCAUCACAGUGGAGUGACUCAAUGCAGAUGCUUCAGUCGCCAGUGUGGUCCACUGCCAGCGAUUGCUCCUCUGCCACGGGCAUCUCCUCUGGUUUUCCCUUCACCCAGCAGCAGCAGCAGCAGCAGCAGCAACAGCAACAACAGCAACAACACAAACACAUGACCAAGGGCUUUAAAUCCUUUCCCCUCAAACAUGAGCACAGGCCUUCUUACCUUCACCAGUACUAAAACUAGUAGUUCAUAGUACUGGUACAUAGCCUGGAGUUCUGAUCAUCUGUGAGCCACAUGUGUAGGAAUGCACUUGAUAGCCCAUACCUUCGAUUGAAGACUGCAUGGUAACCUGCCUAGUAUAAAACUGUAAAGACACUGGCUGGCUUCAUACCAUACAAACCCAUUUCAACACCAACAUUUCUUGAACUGCCAUAUUUUACGUACCAAUAUAUUUAGCAGUAGAAAUGCUAAUGGUCGUUUCUGUCUGUCGAACAGACUGUCAAACCAGUCUAUCUCCUCAGACAAGAGCUGGAGACUUGCAGCUUCUGCAGCUAAAUUUACAGUAAAUUUGGAGUGGGUUGCAGAGGGGCAGGAAUACUCUUUUUGGGCCCAUAAUAUACUGUGUCAACAUAGCUGUAACUGCCAAAUCUCACAAAGAUGACCCAGACUACAGCUAGCAUCUACUGUUUCAUAGCUUGUAAAAUACUGAAGAUAGAAUAUAAAUAUUUAGUUCUUUUUUUUAAAAAAAAAAAAGGCUUUGAGCAGGCUCAGCAUUAAUAUAGUUUGUCACUGCAGUGGUGUCAUUUGAAAGAAAUACACUACUUUUUCAACAACUGACCAGAAUUCUAGCAGUAACUGUGUGCCAUGUUGGUAUUGAAAGCACUUGCAGAAUAUUUUUUCCAACCAAAGCGUGCAAAAAUGACUGGUGCUGGAGAAAUGAGCGAUAGAAAUAAGCAGUGAAGUUAUAGACCCCAGUUGAGGAAAGCUUUGGGAGACUUCACAUAACUCAUUUGUUUUUACAAUUGAUAGUUUGUUUGAGAUUAACACUAACUCCCAUAAAUGUUUUGAAUAAUACAAUAUUUUUGUGCAUAGUUGACAGUAUUAAUCUUAUUUUUGUAUUUUCUUACAUGUUAUACCAUUACUGUAUGUUAGUAUUCUUGUAGGCAUAUUUCAUAAUACAUUUUUCCACCUCCCAACAUGUGAAAAGCACAUUUUCAUAUAGUUAUUCUGUCAUCUUAAAAAGUUACCAAAUAUGCCAUUUUAAACACUACAAUUUGGUGUGAUGAGGGUGUUUUGGAUCCCUUGUUUCUUUGGUUUCCAUAUGGCAAUGGGUUGAAUUUAAGCACCCAGAAUGUUAUCUAUUGUGAUGUUUGCGGAUGCCAAUGUUGCCUGUAUUUAUGAGAAGACACCAUGUUUUCAGAAAACUAUGUUAACAUGUUUACAGAGAAUUGUUUGCUGUAUAUACAUAAAUAUAUCUUUUUUAUAGUUAUGUGCUUUGCACAAUCAAGAUAGGGUUUGUUGCUUUUUGUCUGUUAUCCCCAACUGUUGCAGUCUUCUCACAUACAUCUUUACAGACCCUGGACUGUAACCGUUGGCUUCUCAGCUGUGUCAAAUGGUUUACUAGCAGCUUCUACAUAGUAAAAAAUACACGUUGCCCUGAUAAAAGAUAUAAAGGGGAACUGCUUGGCUUACGUUGCUUGUUGUUCUUGAGCUGGCAACUGAAUCUUUACAAGUGUACCAGCAAUGCAAAAAAAUAAAUAAAAUUUAUUAGCAGUACAAA